AUGAUGGAGGGUUUAGAAUACAUCCUCAAGGAUGAUGAUGAUGAACCUGGUGAUCUUCAUCCUGAGGAUGAUACAGGCAACUAUGACAUGGAGGAUGAAGAGUUCAAUCAUCCUUCAGUGCAAAAGUCUGCCAACAUUGAAGAUGUUGAAGAUGUCCCAGUGGAGAACAUCAUACCCACUAACAUGCGAGCUAUGUCAAUUAAGCCUGUUGGCUUACCAGUAGUAUGA